GGGAACUUGAACUGGUCCAGCCUGUUUAAACCGAAAGGACAGAGAUCCUGUCUGUUCAAUGUAAAAAAAAAAAUAGAAGAAAAAAAUCACAUCAGACCGAGAGAGAGAGAGAGAGAGAGAGAGAGAGAGAGAGAGAGANAGAGAGAGAGAGAGAGAGAGAGAGAGAGAGAGAGAGAGAGAGAAGAGAGAGAGAGAAGAGAGAGAGAAGAGAGAAAUAGAACGAGAGCCCAGAGCAGAGCAAGGUGUAGGAAACCAAAGGGGAGAGAACCCGAGUGUGUGCGUGUGUGUAUGAGUGUGUGUGAGUGUGUGUGUGUGUGCGUGUGUGAGUGUGAGUGUGUGUGUGAGUGUGUGUGAGAGUGUGUGUGCGUGUGUGUGUGUGUGUGUGUGUGUGUGAGAGUGUGUGUGUGUGUGUGCGUGUGCGUGUGUGAGCGCGAGCGAGCGAGUGAGGGAGAGGAGCGAGAGAGUGCGAGCGAGAAAGAAUAAAAGGAAAGAUUUUUCUCUAUGUAUAUAAAGAUGGCCACGUUAGCAAACGGACAGGCUGACAACGCGAGCCUCAGUACCAACGGGCUAGGCAGCAGCCCGGGCAGCGCCGGGCAUAUGAACGGAUUAAGCCACAGCCCGGGGAACCCGUCGACCAUUCCCAUGAAGGACCACGAUGCCAUCAAGCUGUUCAUUGGGCAGAUCCCCCGAAACCUGGAUGAGAAGGACCUCAAGCCCCUCUUCGAGGAGUUCGGCAAGAUCUACGAGCUUACGGUUCUGAAGGACAGGUUCACAGGCAUGCACAAAGGCUGCGCUUUCCUCACCUACUGCGAGCGUGAGUCAGCGCUGAAGGCCCAGAGCGCGCUGCACGAGCAGAAGACCCUGCCCGGGAUGAACCGGCCGAUCCAGGUGAAGCCUGCGGACAGCGAGAGCCGAGGAGGUAGUAGCUGCCUGCGCCAGCCCCCUUCACAAGAUAGAAAACUCUUCGUGGGUAUGCUCAACAAGCAACAAUCUGAGGACGACGUGCGCCGCCUCUUCGAAGCCUUCGGGAACAUCGAGGAGUGCACUAUCCUGCGCGGGCCGGACGGCAACAGCAAGGGGUGCGCCUUUGUGAAGUACUCCUCCCAUGCCGAGGCACAAGCCGCCAUCAACGCUCUACAUGGCAGCCAGACCAUGCCUGGAGCCUCCUCCAGCCUGGUGGUCAAGUUUGCAGACACUGACAAGGAGCGCACAAUGCGACGGAUGCAGCAGAUGGCUGGCCAGAUGGGCAUGUUCAACCCCAUGGCCAUCCCCUUCGGAGCCUAUGGCGCCUACGCUCAGGCACUGAUGCAGCAGCAAGCAGCCCUCAUGGCAUCGGUCGCGCAAGGAGGCUACCUGAAUCCCAUGGCUGCCUUCGCUGCCGCCCAAAUGCAGCAGAUGGCGGCCCUCAACAUGAAUGGCCUGGCAGCCGCACCUAUGACCCCAACCUCAGGUGGCAGCACCCCUCCAGGCAUCACUGCACCAGCUGUGCCUAGCAUCCCGUCCCCCAUCGGGGUGAACGGCUUCACCGGCCUCCCCCCUCAGGCCAAUGGGCAGCCUGCUGCGGAAGCUGUGUUUGCCAAUGGCAUUCACCCCUACCCAGCACAGAGCCCCACCGCAGCCGACCCCCUGCAGCAGGCCUACGCUGGAGUGCAGCAGUAUGCAGGACCUGCCUACCCUGCUGCCUAUGGUCAGAUUAGCCAGGCCUUUCCUCAGCCACCGCCAAUGAUUCCCCAGCAACAGAGAGAAGGGCCCGAGGGCUGUAACCUGCUCAUCUACCAUCUGCCCCAGGAGUUUGGGGACGCUGAGCUGAUGCAGAUGUUCCUCCCUUUCGGCCGGCACCCCGUGCCCUCCCGCUGCCAGGCCCCCUCCUGUCAGGGAGGACAGUGUGCAAUAAGCUCCUCCGCCCGCAGGCUUCGUGAGCUUCGACAACCCGGCCAGCGCACAGACCGCCAUCCAGGCCAUGAACGGCUUCCAGAUAGGCAUGAAGAGGCUCAAGGUGCAGCUGAAGCGGCCCAAAGACGCCAAUCGCCCGUACUGAGCGCCGGCGGGAGCGUCCCCCGGGGGAGACCAGGACUCGCACAGGGCCAGUCAAAUCCACCACAGUCUCGCGCUGAGCUAGGAAUAAAGUUCACGUAAUCACAUGAGAGUGGAGAAAAGUCCCCCAUCCGGCAGGAUGCUGAACGGGCUACAUUAAAAACAAACCUCUUUCUCUCUCUAUUUAUAAAUGAGAACUGUUGGACGACACCUUUGACAUAUCAGCCAAUACCAAUCAAGCUGACGACUCCAGACACUCCGUGUGACUGUAACAUUUCUUCAAGGAAAGUAUAGCGUCUAUGGAGUGCAGAGGGCACGUGUUUGGGGAAAAAUAUACAUGACAUUAAGAUGACGACGACGAAGAAAAAUGAUAUAAAACAAACAAACAAAAAACCCGCGACUUUAAAAUGAAAUAACGUGAGCCCAGAUGGGGAAGCUGAAGGGCUGGGCACUAGGAGGAGAUGCUGCUGCCAACCGAUCCUGGGGCUUUUCCCGCCCAUAGGCGCCUGAGGCAGGCAGGGGCAAGUGUACAAUGGGGCCUAGUCCCCAGCAGGCGGCUGGGAGGCCGCCACUGAGCAUCUCUAUUUGUCAUUCCUUUAGCUAUUUAGGGACCAAAGGACCAAACUUUUUAUUGCAGAUGUGUAGCUCUGUCAAUUAGAGGUGGAACGGAGACCAACCUCCUUCCUGCCUCCUGGCUGUUCUUGAAACAGCUUAGAGCGAUUCUAUGAAAAUGUAAUAAAAAAUAAAAAUAAAAAAAAAAUAAAAAAAGAACAAAAAAACAAGGAAAAAAAUAAUGCUUCAACGCUUUUAAAACAGCAAGAUACUAGUUCUUUGAUACUUUGAGAGGCGCUUUGAUUACCCCGAUUGAAGUCUCUGAAACUUUCCUAUGGUUUUCUGUAUUAUAUGUCUGGAUGGAGCUGUUUAGAUAAAUUGAUUGGUGGAUAUUUGGGGAAAGCAACAAAGAUAUUAAGUCAUUAACCAUGAAGAGAACACGAGGGGAACCAGGGGACUUCGAAGGCAAGGUAAUUGUUGUGAAAAGUCUGUAAAUGCUUCUAAUUCUUCCCCCCUCUUAAAAUCAUAAUAGUUGUACAGAAUUUUAAAAGGAAAAGUUUAAAAUACCUAUAUCAUAGAAGAAAAAAAAAUUAGAGGAAAGCAAAAAAAUAAAAAAAAAAAAGGAAAAAAAAAACCUUAUAGAAGUUAGCAUUAUGCUAAAAUCCCAGAUGUUGUAGGACUGUACUUCUGUAGAGUUUAGACUGAGCAUCGAUCCCGUCUCCCCGCGAGUGCUGUCGGACUCGGUCCCCAAGGGCCAGGCCGGACUGUCCAGACCUGCAGGCUCCGGCCAGAAGCGCCGCUCCGGAAGCGUCCUGCCGCCUCUCGCUUCGCCAGCCUGGGAGCCGCGCGCAUGCGCGCUCUCUCUGCCCUUCUCACCUCUGCUUCACUCGCCUUCUGUGCUUGUUCCGGAGACUUUCCAGGCCAGGGAGAACUGGGAACUUCUCAUCUUCAAACAACUAGACAACACACACACACACAAAACCUUAAACAAGAGAGAGAAAACAAACAAUCUUUGAAGAAUUUCUGAAACUGUUUACAAGGAAUUUUGAAAAACAGGGAUGUUUAAAUGAUGCUGGCUCUGUUUUUCUGUAAAUAAAUUUGCAUAUUUUGUAGGACUUUUAAUUGUAAUGAUAGAGAAAAACAAGGAAAACUAUUUAAUGAAAGCACGAUAUUUAUCUUUGGUAAAUGACUUUAGAGCAGUUAAAGACAUUGCUUAAAAAACUCAGAAUCAGAAAAACACUGAAUUAUUUAAGAACACAUAUAUUUUAAAGUAUAACAUAUUUAUUAUAAUUUAUUUGCACCUUGGGAAGACUUGCUUUGCAUUCUGCCUCAAGAGCUUCUCAUUGAUGUCCAUCUGGAGGCCAGGGGGGGUCUUGGAACUACCAUUUUUUUUUCCUUUAGAUCAACAAAAUUCUGGUUGCCCUCAGGCCUCCUUCCUUUUCUUUCCGUCUAUUUUGUUGUUGUUUUACUUCAUUUAGUUUUCUUUUUCUUUCUCUUGACUCCUCCUUUUAGGAUGUCCAGAUGUUGUAAAAAAACAAAAACGAAAAACCCAACAGCUGCAGUUCAAUACAACUGCUCUUUUCACACGACUCCCUAAACUCCUUGUAACCUUCUGUAACUAUUGGAUGACGCUUUCUCCAGCUUAGCCCUAAAUAAAGCACAGUUUAAAAAAAAAA